CCUUCUAUCGAUCGUAAUGAACACGUCAUAUAAUGGACGCCAUGGUUUAUGCGUGAGGAGAUAAUCAGUUACUAUGUUUUCAUGAAAAAGGGAACACAAUCCCUUAUGGAGAUUUUCUGUGUAUUUCGUGUAAAGAAAUAAUAGGAAUAAUUGUUAAACACAUGAUAAUUAUUGAGCAUUCUUGCGUGAGGUGCGAAGUGUGUUAAGUGAAGAACGAGUGUGCACGUAAGUGUGUACGAGCUGCGUAAAAGGUUUAUAACAUCAAGGACUUAUGUUUAUAAAACAUGAACUUUCUUAAUAAAAUCCAUGAUGAAAAUGAUGGUUUUGAGUAUGUUCUGUGGUGCUGACAUUGCUAUUAAGAAUAAGAUUUACAACGAACUUUCCUAAGCAUAGCCUUCGCGUUUCAAAGGCUAUAGAGACCAAAUGAGUAUGAUGUGUUAUUAUCUGAAAUACAGAAAAACUCGAAGACUCCUCGCCUUCCCACAUUAAAUAGGCUAAAAAGCACAUUCUAGCAAGACUAUCUACUUAUAAUAAACUUUAUAAUAAACUUUCAUAUACAAAGUUUGAAAGAAAUACUUGUGUUUUAUAGAGCAACAAGAAUUGUGUUACUACACUCUGUUAAAUUAAAGAAAGAAAAUCUCUGCAACAUUUAAGAGCACAUUUAUUUUUAAUUUAUACAUGGACUUACAUGUUCGUGAAUUAUUAAAAAAAAGGAACUUUUCCUUUGCCGAACAUUGUUUUUAGCAAAAUAAAAACUUAGCAGUAUUAGGCAUAAUUUAUAUCUACUUGAAGCAAGAAAUCCUUGAGGUCUUGCAGCAAUAGUAGAUAUACAUUAAAAACUUCUAUGAGACUUAUAAAUGUUUUAAUUAAACUGCAUAAGGACAAUUUUAAUAUUAAACAUUUUGACAAAUGGACUUUUUACUACAGUGACUUUAAAUCGGAUUUCAUGUGCAAUCUUCUGAACUUUUCUUCUCAUAUACUAAAAAUGUUACUACAUUAUUUCCUACCACAUAAUUAUUAUAAAACCUACAAGAUCCAUUCAAAUAUGAUAUUGUUCUUGGACAAGUAUUAUUGCAUACUGGAUCUCCAUCUAGUAAGCCUUUUUUUAUAUUUGCGUUUCAGAAAAGAUUUAAAGGCACCAGAACUGCAUUGGCUCUCUCUUCACACAAGAAAACCCGAAAAAUCCAGAAAUACAAAGCCUGGAUGACGGGACAAGUGACAACGUAUUUUUGACCAAUAGUGAAAGUGAUCAAAUAAAAAGUGAAAAAAUGGACAAUAAUACAGACGGGGACAACUUAAAUCUGAGCUGCGGGGAAAAUGAUAUAGUGGAUGAAUUAAAAAUUGCUGCAGAUGAAACUUAUGACACACGUAGUGAAGUUUCAUCUAGCAGUUCAAAUUCUGAUUCUAGUCAACCAAGCAUAAGCUCUGUUUCAACAAAAUCUUCACGUGGAGAUAAUAAACGUAAUCGGAAAAACAGAGGGAAACGUGCUAGAUCCAGAGAGUCUAAAUCUUCUAGCCCUGAAACAAAACGUGCAAGAUCUAAGGAGAGCAAAGGAGUUACUAAGAGUUAUGAUUAUGCGACAAAAUUAAAUUAUUUGUUUAGAGAUGCAAGAUUUUUCAUUAUCAAAUCAAACAAUGCUGAAAAUGUCACACUAUCAAAGGCUAAAGGGGUAUGGAGUACAUUACCACAAAAUGAAGCCAAUUUAAAUCAAGCUUAUAGAGAAUCAAGGAAUGUCUUGCUUGUGUUUUCUGUAAAAGAAUCUGGAAAAUUUGCUGGAUUUGCAAGAUUAAGUACAGAAUCUAGAAGAGAUGGUGCACCAAUUUCUUGGGUAUUACCACCUGGAUUGUCUGCAAAAGCUUUGGGUGGUGUAUUUAAAGUUGAUUGGAUUUGUAGAAAAGAAUUACCAUUUACAGCAACACUGCAUUUAUAUAAUCCAUGGAAUGAUGGUAAACAAGUUAAAAUUGGACGUGAUGGACAAGAAAUUGAACCAAGAGUUGCAGAAGAAUUAUGCAGAUUAUUUCCAGAAGAUGAAGGAAUUGAAAUGACCCCAAUUUUGAGAAAAUCUAAAGAAGCAGCAAAACAUAUUAUGAAAUCUCGUUCAUAUCGGGAUAAUAGACCUGUUAAUAACAAUCCUAGAUUUUUACGCUCAAGAGGAGGUAGAGGACGUAGACUCUUUUUAACUUCACGAUCUCGUUUAGCAUCAUUAGCUAGAGGAUCUCAUUUGGCUAGUAAUGAACAUAGAGGAUCGAGAGACCAUCAUCAUCACCGAGGGUACGGUAGUACUGGAUUAGGUGUAGCUGCUGCAGCUGAAGCAUAUGUUGCAGAUUAUAUGCGUACUAUGCAACAUCAAUUGCCUCCUUUACCUCCUUAUGCUGCACCUCAUCCAUAUGAUUCUUUACCUCCGCCGCCGCCACCACCUAGAUAUUACGAUGGAUUACCAUUACCACCUGAUUACAGUGCUGCAGCGUCCGCUCUUGAAAAACGUAGUUACGAAAGGAGUGUAGAUGAAUUCUUGUGGAGAACAGCGAGUCGUCAUAGCCGACACAGUGAUCAUCGAUCCUCCCGUGAUCAUCACCAUAGAUAUAGGGACCGUAGAUAAGAAAUUUUGAAUAUUAUUUUUGUUCAUUUAUUCUUUUAUUUCCUCAUUCAUGCACAUAUAAUAAGGGUUUUCAAGGUAUUGUGACAUUUAUAAUCAUGGCAAUAGCAAGUGUUUAAUCAUCAUGUAA